AUGACCUGCGACGAGGAUUACUUGAAGUCCCUCCAAGCGGCCGUGGAUUCGGUCGAGUAUCAAAUGACAAAUCUCGAACAAGGGCAAAUUCAAGAAAUCCUGAAAGCAUUAUCUCACGAGGAACAACAAGCUCUGGCCGACCAAUACAUGACACUACGACAUUUGCGAGCCGAAAAGGGUGACGUCCAAAAAGCCAUUGUGGCCUUGCAACGAACUCUGAAAUGGCGGAACGAAUUUCAAGUCCAAGAUCUCAAACACUGUCUGCACAAACACAAACCACCACCAAACGUAGUAGGAGUAGAAGAAGAAGCAGAAGCAGAAGCAGAAGCAGAUGAAGCCAAGGAAGAAAAAAAGGACGACGGCGACAAUGCCAACAGCAACAACAACAAAAGCAAGGCAUCAUCACUCGAUGAAUUGGCCAGUGUGGUACGCAAAGAAAAUGAAACUGGCAAAUUGUACAUUCGCGGUUACGACAAGGAUGGGCGGGCGUUGCUGUAUAUGCGACCGGGUAAAGAGAAUACCAAUGACGAAGAGGGAAACAUUCGUCAUUUGGUCUAUCACAUGGAAAAAUCCAUCGCCUGUAGCGCCAAGAAUGGGCAAUCCAAAAUUUGCAUCGUCAUUGAUUACGACGGCUUUUCACUGCGGCAUGCUCCCCCCAUGAGUACCUCCAAAUACACCCUGGACGUCCUACAAAAACAUUAUCCAGAACGAUUGCAUCGGGCUUAUAUUUGCAAUCCUCCAUGGAUCUUUAAAGGAUUCUGGAAGGUCAUUUCUCCCUUUGUCGAUCCCGUCACCAAACAAAAGCUCCAAUUUUGUUCCUCGGCUAGCGAUUUUGAAAAGGUGGUACACGACAUGGGAGGUUUGGAAAAGGCAAACCAACAUUUGGAAGAAUGUGCGGGGGGAACCGUCAAGCCUAGUACCGAUUUUGAUACCAAUGCCUACUUGUCACUCCCAUUGGACAUGUCCUUGGCAGAAUAA